CGAUUUUUGCCAUUCCUGAGGUCAUCGUCCCGUCAAACGCUCUCUCUUCCCCGAUCGCGAUUACCGUCAAACAAUUAGGCAAUAAGCUCCUUAGGUGCAGUAAUCUUAUCGUUAAAACAUCUUUCAGUCGUUUUACUUCUCUAUGAAUUUAAUUUAUUGUUUGAAGUUUGAACGCUAUUUUUCUCGAGUGUCCUUGUUUGGGCUUAUUAGGUUUCAUCAAUGGAAAAUUAGGAGGUCUCAAUUCCCGUUACAGAUCCACAUCCCAUAGCAUUGUGCUCUGAUUAGACCUCUUCAAGCUGCAACCUUUGAACUUGGAGGUCCUCUACUAGGCUCAAAAGGAAAUUUCGCUGGGUCUAACACAGGAACAUUUACUCUGACAGUGCUGCUAGUGAUAUUGGAGAUUGAAGAUUUAGAACCUGCGUCAAACUUUGACUAUAGCUUAUCCUGUAUCAAAUCAGCAUCGUUUAUGUGUAUAUAGCUGACGGGAACCUUUGACAGAAACUGCCAGGAAGAAGUAUUGGUCUGCAGGGAAUUUGCUGGCAUGACCGGUAAAUUCGUCUUAUCAUGAGUCAGGAAAUUGUUCACCAAUAUUUCAUUAAGACAAGAAAGCUGAGUGCCUUAAGCGAUAAUGACUUUGAAGCAGUUCCGAAGGCUUUCUAUCAAAUCUUCCUUACGGAAUGUUUGCUCAUUUUACAGCGAAUUUUGCUAUCCUUCAAGCCAAGCCUCACAAUGCUGAGGUCUUGCACGUAGUAUCGAUAUUGGAGAUGGGUUGCGAUGGUCUUCAAUGAUAAGUGCUCUUGCUUAACAGGAAAAGAUGCUAAAUCAAAGAGUGGCCUUAAAAUUAACUUCAAUAAAGUGGAAGGAGGAGGAUUGUGUACAGGGGAGGGGAGUUAUGAGGAGACGAAGAUGAGACUUCACUAUUACGCGAAUUCUUUGGGCAUUAAGUUGAAGGUGCAGGAAAUUGAGUAGCAGGACUUGGUGAGUGAAAUAAAGAGAAUGAAAAAGAGAGGUGGAAACAGAGAGUUUCUGGCCUUCAAUUGCUUGUGGUCUUUUUCCCCCAUUUGGGGAGAAGAAGAAGUAAAUUUGUUGAGUUUGUUAGCGUGGCAAGGGGUUUGUUAGCCAAACAUACUACUAAGUACUAACAAUGUCAUAACUAUUGGUGAUGGAGAGAUGCAUGCGAGAAAUCAAAGAAUUGUCUUGGAUUUGGUUCAUUCUUUGAUGGUUACAUGGAGCAUUACCGAGCUUUGAUGGAGUCAAUAGAAUGCAACUUCACGGCCUGUCUAUUUGUGGCACCUUUUGUAUCUUCUGUUGAUUGGAAUCAAACGUGGGAGCAAAGAAAGGAAGGUAAUUAUUGUGACUUCAAAUAUGGCUUGAAAGGGAUUGGAUUGAGCAAUGAAUGUUUAUUGGAAGCCAAAGAGCUUGUGAGAGAAGUAAAGAGUCUGUACGGGGUGAGGAUUGAUGGUGAGAAUGUUAAUGCGAUGGUUUUGGAGUGGAAAUGAACUCCAUUAGUUAGAAGAGUUCCUGGCUUUCUGCAUGGAUAUCAUAAACACACUCUUGAGAAGAAAAGAAGACAGAACAAAAAUCAGAAGAUAUUUUCACUUACUUUAGCGUUGGCUUACUUGUUCGUGUAAUUAAGCCAACGAUGGUGUUGGCAUGGUGUUAAGGUCUAGCAUGCUCUCCCAAUAGGGUUCAGUCAUCUCUGGAAACGUUGUCUCGCACAUGAAUUUUUCUUGUUUGGCAUAAGCACUUUGUAGGCUUCAAUCUUCUCUCGAAACAUGAUCUCACACAUGGAUUUUUCUUAUUUGGCAUAUGCAGUUUGUGGGCUAAUACGUAUGGGCAAUGAUUUACGCAUGGGGUCCCAUCGGGUAAAAAAAAAAACGAGACUGGAUUUGUUAAUGACGAACCACAUCCUAUGCUUGCUGUGUGUUCUUUAGACAGCAUGUGUUAUUCUCUUGUUUGUGCCUUUUUGGACGUGUUGACUAAUCUUGGCUAUUCCCAAAAUUUUGGUUGUGAACCUGAGGUUCAGUUAUUAUGAGCCACCAGAGUUAUGUAUGGACCACCAGACGGUCAUCCUGUUGGGUUCCAUGCCUUCCAAGAGUUGGUAUAAAGAAGACUUUGAAUUUUCCACAAAUUCAGUCGUGGCUUGUAUAUAUUGGCAAAACAGACUUUGAAAUAAAAGGAGAACAAAAAAGUCUGCUGGUUCCUCUGCCACUUAAAUUAGCCAACCGAUGAAUUGUCAAUAGCAUUGCAUUCUCCUCUCAACUUCCUAUUGACCUUUCUUCCAUUACCACUUCAGAUUCCUCUACGCGUUUUCAUAAUUUGUUCAUUUUUAUAUUAUAGUUUGUUCUAUCUUCUGCUAGACUCCUCAGAAAUCUAAUGGCCAUGACAGUAUUUUUGGCUUUCUUUAUCUUGUAUGUUCCUUUUGUUUCUCAAGCUCAAAACACUAAUUUCAUCUUCGAUGGAUUCAAUCAAAGUGAGAGACAACUUAUCCUUGGGGAGGCUUCCGUUUUCGAGCCUAAUGGCGCACUUAGGCUCACAAACAGUUCACAAAAUGUUAUAGGCCAUGCAUUCUAUUACCAACCUAUACAAAUGCUUGAUAGAACGUCUCAUAAUUCUUCAAAUGCUUCCUCUUUCAGCACAUCAUUUGUUUUCGCAAUAAAAUCCCCCAAUUCUGACUCCGGUGGUCAUGGCCUCGCCUUCACCUUGUCGCCCUCGCCAGAGUUUCCUGGUGCUCAGGCUGGGCAUUAUUUUGGCAUCUUCAAUUCUACGAACGAUGGAAACGCUUGGAACCAUAGGUCCGAUCACCAUGUCUUCGCUGUGGAAUUUGACACGGUUAAUGGGUUCGAUGGGGGCUCGGAUUCUAGAGGAAACCAUGUUGGAAUCAACAUCAACGGCAUGAUUUCGAAUGGAUCAGAACCGAGUUCUUACUACAUCCGCAAUGACCUCAACUCAGUGAGAGAGGAGAUUUGGUUGCAAGGUCCUCCUACUCAGGCUUGGAUAGAGUAUGAUGGUCUGACUAAAAUCGUGAAUGUAACAAUAUCUGUAUUAGGAAGACAAAAACCAGUGGCACCUCUCAUGUCCUAUCCUGUUGAUUUAACUCCUAUUGUUAAAGAGAGCAUGUACAUUGGCUUCUCUGCCUCCACAGGGACAGGGGAGCAAGUCAGCUCCCAUUACAUCUUGGGAUGGAGUUUUGCAUCGAAUUCUGUCAUGGCUCCACCAAUCAAUAUUUAUAUACUUCCUGUGCUACCAAUUGAGACAAAUUCCUCUGCAUACAAUCCCUCUACCAUUAUACUUAUAUCGGUUUUCUCUAGCGUCGCUGUACUUGUGUCCGCAUCGGGGCCUUUUGUAGUAUACAAAAGAAGGAUGCAGGAUGAGAGUCUCGAAGAGUGGGAAUUGGAUUGUCCUCGCAGGUUCAGAUACGGAGAUCUGUACAGAGCAACCAAGGGCUUCAAAGACAGUGAGAGGGUUGGAGUUGGCGGAUUCGGCGUAGUUUACAAAGGAGUGUUACCCACUAAUGGUACUGAACUUGCUGUUAAGAAGAUUAGUCGUAAUUCCUUUCAAGGGUUGAGAGAAUUCGCAGCAGAGAUUGAAAGUUUGGGGAGAUUAAGGCACAAGAACUUGGUCAAUCUUCAGGGUUGGUGUAAGAAAAAAAAUGAUCUUCUUAUAGUGUACGAGUACAUUCCAAAUGGAAGCCUUGAUUUCCUCCUCUUCAAGCGCAAAAAUGGCCUUGUUUUGAGUUGGGAACAAAGAUUCAACAUCCUCAAAGGCAUUGCUGCAGGGUUGCUGUAUUUACAUGAAGAAUGGGAGCAGGUUGUGAUUCAUCGAGACGUGAAGUCAAGUAAUGUACUCAUAGAUGCUGAUAUGAAUGCUCGAUUAGGUGAUUUCGGUCUUGCUAGAUUGUAUGAUCAUGGUGCCUUGUUACAGACUACUAAUGUUGUAGGCACAAUUGGGUAUAUUGCUCCUGAAUUUGCUUGGACCGGAAAGCCUUCUACAAGAUCAGAUGUGUUUGCAUAUGGGGUUUUGCUUCUUGAAGUGGCUACUGGUAGAAGGCCUAUUGAUUCAAGUACAUUCAUAUUGGUGGAUUGGGUGAUGGAGUGCCGACAACUAGGUCAAAUUCUGGAUGUGGUGGAUCCGCAGCUUGAGUCGCAUUAUCCGGUUGAAGAGAUGGAGUUGGUUUUGAGGUUGGGGCUGCUUUGUUCUCAUAGUAGAGCAGAAGAUAGGCCUACCAUGAGGCAAAUCACUCAAAUUCUUAACGGGGAUGACAAUCUUCUAGAGGCUAUCAACUCUGGCUCAAUGGACUCCAGAUCAAUGACCUCAAGAUACAUAGAAGCAGUUCCUUCUGAGAUGACUGGUGCAACACAUCGCUCAUCUUCUUUUGCCAUAUCAACUACUUCUAUAGAUGCAGGCAGAUAGCAGAAGAGUCCAAGUGAAUUUUAAAAUUUUCUUAUCGUCGUAGAUAAUGCAUUUUCCUUUCCUCUUUAGUGGUCUUGGUCAGUACAUGAUCAUAUUAUGGGAUUGGCUCCAAUUAGAGGCAAUUAAACUUACUGACAGGAGUCUUUUAUUGUCAUUCCAAUUCUAGUUCCAGUUCUCAUGAACUUACUAAAAUAGAACUUGCAAGGAUAAAAAGCCUACAUGUAGAAGACCUUCUAUUGUUCAUUUAUUACAAAUACCAGUUGUCUAACUUUAA